CUUCCUCAGAGGGUGGGCAGGACCCGGACACCGGCGCGGGGUCUGGGGGCUUCGGGCUGGGCCGAGUCUCCAGGCCCGGGGUGUGGGGGACUCGGGGCCUGGGGGCGGGCGCGGCGGGGUCGAGCCUGGAAGCGGGUUCGUGCGUCAGCCUCACGCGGCGGGAAGGAAGCCGGCCCCAGGCCCCGGGCGGCCAGCGCGGGCGCCGCCGCACGUCCGCAGGCUCUGCGGAGAGGUGGCGGCUGCUGAGAGGCGGGAGAGCCGAGGGCGGGCCUGGGAGGCGGCCGGGAGGUGGGGCGCCGCCGGGGGCCGGCCCGCGCGGGCUUCAUCUUUGGGCGCGCGGCCUGCGCCUAGUGCUGGGGACUCGGAGGCGCGGGGCGACGAACGGCCAGAGCGGCUAUGGGCCGCGGCUGCGUCUUCCUGAUCGGCCUUCUGGGUGCUGUGUGGCUGCUGUGCUCGGGCCACGGCGGGCAGCAGCCCCCGGAGACGGCGGCGCAGAGGUGCUUCUGCCAGGUUAGUGGUUACUUGGAUGAUUGUACUUGUGAUGUUGAAACCAUCGAUAGAUUUAAUAACUACAGACUUUUCCCACGACUACAAAAACUUCUUGAAAGUGACUACUUCAGAUAUUACAAGGUAAACUUGAAGAGGCCAUGUCCUUUCUGGAAUGAUAUCAGCCAGUGUGGAAGAAGGGACUGUGCAGUCAGACCUUGCCAAUCUGAUGAAGUUCCUGAUGGCAUUAAAUCUGCGAGCUACAAGUAUUCUGAAGAAGCCAAUAAUCUCAUUGAAGAAUGUGAGCAAGCAGAACGACUUGGAGCAGUGGAUGAAUCGCUGAGUGAGGAAACACAGAAGGCUGUUCUUCAGUGGACCAAGCAUGAUGAUUCUUCUGACAACUUCUGUGAAGCUGAUGACAUACAGUCCCCUGAUGCUGAAUAUGUGGAUUUGCUCCUUAAUCCUGAGCGCUACACUGGUUAUAAGGGACCAGAUGCUUGGAAGAUAUGGAAUGUCAUCUAUGAAGAAAACUGUUUUAAGCCACAGACAAUUAAAAGGCCUUUAAAUCCUUUGGCUUCUGGUCAAGGAAAAAGUAAAGAGAAUGCUUUUUACAGUUGGCUAGAAGGCCUCUGUGUAGAAAAAAGGGCAUUCUAUAGACUUAUAUCUGGCCUCCAUGCAAGCAUUAAUGUGCAUUUGAGUGCGAGAUAUCUUUUACAAGAUACCUGGUUGGAAAAGAAAUGGGGACACAACAUUACAGAGUUUCAACAGCGGUUUGAUGGAGUUUUAACUGAAGGAGAAGGUCCAAGAAGACUUAAGAACCUAUAUUUUCUCUACUUGAUAGAAUUAAGGGCUUUGUCUAAAGUUUUGCCAUUCUUUGAGCGCCCAGAUUUUCAACUCUUCACUGGAAAUAAAAUUCAGGAUGCAGAAAACAAAAUGUUACUUCUGGAAAUACUUCACGAAAUCAAAUCAUUUCCUUUGCAUUUUGAUGAGAAUUCAUUUUUUGCUGGGGAUAAAAAAGAAGCACACAAACUAAAGGAGGACUUUCGAUUGCAUUUUAGAAAUAUUUCAAGAAUCAUGGAUUGCGUUGGUUGUUUUAAAUGUCGACUGUGGGGAAAGCUUCAGACUCAGGGUUUGGGGACUGCUCUGAAGAUCUUGUUUUCUGAGAAACUGAUAGCCAAUAUGCCAGAAAGUGGACCCAGUUAUGAAUUCCAUCUAACCAGACAAGAAAUAGUAUCAUUAUUUAAUGCAUUUGGAAGAAUUUCUACAAGUGUGAAAGAAUUAGAAAACUUCAGGAACUUGUUACAAAAUAUUCAUUAAAGAAAACGAGUUGAAUAUGCCUGUUUCUGGACAAUGGAGGCCAAAGAGUGGAAUUUCAUUCAAAGGCAUAAAAGCAAUGACAGUCUUAAGCCAAACAUUUUAUAUAAAGCUGCUUUUGUAAAGGAGAAUUAUAUUGUUUUAAGUAAAUUUUUUUAAUUGUGCUAAGUCUAUGUUUAAUAUUAUUGUGAGUAAAAGUAAUACUUUGAUAAUGUGGUACAAAUUUUAAAGUUUAAUAUUGAAUAAAAGCAGGAUUAUCAGAUUCACAUAUGAUAAAACUAAGUGAAUAAUGUUUCUCAACAGAGUUCUAUGUAAGAAGAUGAAACAAUAAAACUAUGGCAAUGUGGCAAGCAUUUAAUAGGAAAAUGCUAAUGAGGUUCAUGAAUGGCCCAUAAUAGUCUAGAAUUUUUAAAUACAUUUAGGGUUGCCAGAUUUAACAAAUAAAAAUAGAGAAUUCCCAGUUAGAUUUGAAUUUCAGAUGAACAACUAGUUUUCUUUUAAAUAUGUUGCAUAUAAUAUUUGGGACAUACUUGUACUAAAAAUUAUUCAUUAUUUGUUUGAAAUUCAAAUUUAACUGGGAGCCCCAUGUUUUAUUUGGAAACCCUAAGAUACUUUGGUAUGAAACAAAUCACAUUGAGAGUUAUAUUGCUAUUUUGAUUGGGUUGUUUGGUAUGUAAAAAUUACAAUAACAAGUCAAAGGCCUAGGAGAUUUCUAAGCAUUGUGAAAAGUCAAAUAGAUUAUAUAUUUAUUCUCAUAAUACUUUCCCUGAAACUGAAUAAAAUUUGGGGAAAACUUUUUAUUUUUAUAUCAUUUUCAAUUUACAGAAGAGUUUCAAAAAUAGUACACUCUUUUACCCAGAUUCGCCAACAGUUCACAUUUGCUCUUGUCUUUGAUACUCUCUGUGUCGAUAUGCACACAUGCUAUUUUUUCCUUAAUCAUCUGAAAGUCAGUUACAGGCAUCUUUCCCUUUUAACCGUAAACACUUUAGUAUGUAAUACUGAAUGAUUUUCUAAAAAUGAUUUUCUUAGAAAGAAAGCCCCAAAGCCCCCCUACAAAUCUGAAACUAAAGUACUAUAAGCCUUAAAAUAAGGAAUCAUUUGGGGUCCCAAUCUAAAGUUUUGUCACCCUUUAUAUGUUUAAUCUGUAUAGUCAUAGAGCAUACAAUUUCUGUUUUUAAUACAUGAACUUCAUUUCCUUUGUCUCCCCAAAAGUGAACCAUAAUUUUGGGAGAUUUUCAUUAGUGGAAGCUCUUCAGUGAUACAAAUAUUUGAAGGAGCUUAGGAAUUAAUGUCAUAUGAUAAUUGUGGGGAAAAAGAAACUGUAUACCUCAAAAUUAUGUGCCCUCUUUCUAUGAAUCUUAGCAGGGAUAACAUGUUGAGAUGUUAUGGUAUUAGUAAAGCAGGGUUUAUUUAUAUAAUGGCUGAGAAAUGUCACUUUACACUGCUGUAUACUUUUUCCUCUCUGUGUCCCUAAGGCCUGGAACAAUGCCAAGCCCAUAAUUGGUAUCCAAUAAAUAUUUGUUAAAUGAAUGUAUGAAUAUGUAUUUGGUAUAUUUUAAAUGAAUGAUCACUGAAUUAAGUUAAAAAUAUUUGUUUUGUUUUCCUUCUUCUGCCCCCUCUCCCCAUUUUCUUUGAAUAGGGCAGGAAAAAAAGACAUUAACCCACUAAUUAAGUCAAUUAUUUUGGAGACUCAAAGGACUAUGAAGUGAUCUCCAUAUAUAAAUAUUUAAGGAUCUUUCUCAUGCUCUGAAAAUACGGUAGAUGAACUUAAAUAUUUGUUUGUGUGUAUACCUCCCUUCCCUGCUUUCUUAGCAGCCAAUUGUUUUGAAACCACUGCUUUUCGAUGUCCCCCUUGACCCUGAACUAAAAUUGGGCAUUUGGCUCUAGUUAUUCUCAGUCCUUUCCUGUGAGUUCUAAAAUCUUAAUUCUAAAUCCACAGUUCAGUUCACAAACUAUUUUCUUUCUUUUUUGGGGGGCUGGGGACUCAAACUACUUCUUAUUUGACCUUUUUUCCAUGUUUCACACUACUGAUGAUAAUGUCCUUUAAAAAUUUCUGUUCCUUGGGUUCCUCAUUUUACUUGCUCCUAGACCCCUCUUUUUGACCUCUUAAUUUAUUCCCAAAAUGUUAUUACUCAGACUUUCAUUCUUGGUCUCUUAAUCACUAUACCACUUCUCACUCUUGGGUAAUGCCAAAUCAAUGAUUCCUAAAUCCUUAUCUUUAGCUCAAACUUCUCCAUCUGUUUGCCUACUGCAUGUACUUUACUUGGUUGUCCCACAGUUACCUAUGUGUGUGUUUAAAUGCUUUUUCUUCUCCUUACUCUUAGAUCUAUUUCCCUUACUUUGGUUAAUUUCAGAACCAGGAUCUUCUAAGCCUUAUUGGCUCAUUCCUUUCUCUACCUUCUCCCUAGUGUCUAGGGUAUACUGUUUUUCUUCCACCUUUCUAAUGCAUCACUCUUCCCAUUUUCAUUGCUCUUACCUGAAGGACUACUUAUAACCAAUCUGUCCCCUCUUUGAUGCUCUAGAGUGUUAUCAAAUUAGCUUUCUAGGAGCAUUCUGACUAUUUUACUUUCUGCUUUACACCCUUCAGUGAGUUCAUGAACUUUCUAGAGAAAGCCAAAGUCCUUUGGUGUACAAGCUCCUCUCCUAUGUCUUCCCACCCAAUGCACUGGUAAAACAGACUUGUAGUUCUUCACAUGCCCCAUGUGGCUGGGCCUCUACACCUUGGUGAAGGCUAUAUUCUUUGCCUCAAGUGUCCUAGCCAUCCUUGCUCACCUGGAAAUUUCCAUGCAUCUCUGCAGGCUUAGCUUUAGCAUUCCUUCUGUGAAUGCCCCCUUGCUAUAUCCAGGGAGAGUCAUCUAACUUCCUCUUGUGUCACCACUGUAACAUUAUAACCUACCUCUACUGUAUCACUUACUGUACUGUAUUUUUGUUUUUUUUUUAAAGUCUCCUUUACUAGAAUGUGAGCUCCUCAAGGGCAGGAAAAGGAACUUUAUUCAUUCUGGCAUCUCCAUGGCAUAGUUUUUGGCAUAUGAACAUUUAAUAAAUAUUUGUUGAAUAAAUUG